UUUUUUUUUUUUUCAUACUAUGGCGUCAGCGAUAUUCCUGGUAGAUUUGAAGGGCAAGCCGCUCAUUGCACGCGAUUACCGCGGCGACAUUCCGCUGUCGGCCAUCGACCGGUUCAUGCCCCUUUUGCAGGAGAGGGAAGAUGAGGAAGGCACGAGUCUGCCGGUAAUGACAGAGAAUGGAGUGACGUACCUGCAUCUGCGCGAGAAGGAUGUGUACCUGGUUGCGCUGACGCGCAAAAACACAAACGCAAUGACGCUGCUGCAGUUCCUGCACCACCUGUCGCAGGUAUUCACCGAGUACUUCAAGACGCUGGAGGAGGAGUCGAUUCGCGACAACUUUGUGAUAAUUUACGAGCUGCUGGACGAGAUGAUGGACUACGGGAUUCCGCAGAUAACGGAGCCGAAGAUUCUGAAGGAGUACAUUACGCAGGAGAGCCAUAUGCUGGAGAUUACGCCGCGGCCGCCGAUGGCGGUGACGAACGCGGUGUCGUGGCGGUCGGAGGGCAUAACGUACCGCAAGAACGAGGUGUUCCUGGAUGUGGUGGAGUCGAUCAACAUGAUGGUGAACGCGAACGGCAAUGUGCUGAGCAGCGAGAUCCAGGGGGCGGUGAAGAUGAAGGUGUAUCUGAGCGGGAUGCCGGAGCUGCGGCUGGGGCUGAACGACAAGGUGAUGUUUGAGAGCACGGGGCGCAGCGCCAAGGGCAAGGCGGUGGAGAUGGAGGACAUCCGGUUCCACCAGUGCGUGCGGCUGUCCAAGUUCGAGACGGACCGGACAAUCUCGUUUAUUCCGCCCGACGGCGAAUUCGAGCUGAUGACGUACCGGCUGAACACGCAGAUCAAGCCGCUGAUCUGGUGCGAAUCGGUGGUCGAGAGCCACCGCGGGCGCGUCGAGUACAUGGUCAAGGCCAAGGCGCAGUUCAAGCACCGGUCGACGGCGAACAACGUCGAGAUCAUCGUGCCGGUGCCCGACGACGCCGACUCGCCCAAGUUCAAGUCGACCAUUGGCUCAGUCAAGUACGCGCCUGAGCGCUCGGCGUUUGUGUGGAAGAUCAAGCAGUUCCAGGGCGGCAAGGAGGCCCUCCUGCGGGCGCACUUUGGACUGCCCAGUAUCCGCGACGACGACCCCGAGAGGCGCCCGCCAAUCUCGGUCAAGUUCGAGAUCCCGUACUUUACCACGUCGGGCAUCCAGGUGCGCUACCUGAAGAUUGUCGAAAAGUCCGGGUACCAGGCGCUGCCCUGGGUCCGGUACAUUACAAAGAACGGCGACUACCAGAUCCGGAUGCCGGAGCCGCUGAAAUCGGGCGGCUCGCGCUUGCCGCCCAUCUGAGGGGAAUGGAGAUGGCCAGCUACAUGCACUUUAUACUAGUUCCAAUAAGAGGCGGGGGUAUGCACAUGCACACCCUUCCUCCCCAUUCGCAUUACAAGAAAAAAAACGUACGUAAAAGAGGUGUCUAGUGCGCCUUAGUCAAGACGCUGCAGGAUCCACUGCGUGUACGUCUUGGGAAUGUCAAUGUCAAGGUCGUUCUGGAAAUGGAUCUCGUGGUACUUGCACCCCUUGAUCUCCUCGUAGUGCUUGUCGAGGUGCUCGGGCAGCUUGCUGUAAAACUCCCUUGUGCCCUCGUAGUCGGUGGCCAUAUCGCCGUCAGCGUGGAUCAGAUACACGGGCGUGGCGAAGGCAGCGGCCUC